AUGGCACGCACGACCGCGCUACUCGGCGCUUCCGCCAGUAAAGUGGGCACGGAGGACAGCACAUUCCGCAACGCCGAGUCGCUUGAGAGUUUGUCCGUGGCCAUUUUGUUUGUUACAAUGCUUAUCGUUCUCGGCGGCACCUUCUUCAUGACUCACAAACACCGAAUCCCGCUGCCAUACACGGUGGUGCUGUUCCUGUAUGGGAUCGUGGUGGGCGCGGUGGCUCGCUGGCUGUAUUCUGACGUCUCGGAGGCUCUCGGCUUCAUCCCGCCCGAGCUGCUCUUUUACAUUUUCCUGCCAGUGCUUAUAUUUGAGGGUAGCUAUGCAGUGAACAUUCAUGCUCUGCGCCGUGUCUUUCCGCAGGUUGUGCUGCUCGCCACCUUUGGCCUUCUCCUCAAUACGGCACUGAUGGCGUUACCGGUAAAGUGGUGCUUCCAGGCUUGGUCGUGGUACACGGCACUGCUGCUGGGCUCCCUGCUUUCUGCUACCGACCCUGUCGCGGUCGUUGCGCUUCUGAAGGAGUUAGGGGUGGACAAGUGCAUGACGGCCCUGGUGGACGGCGAGGCUGUCAUGAACGACGGUACGGCAAUCAUCCUCUUCACUCUUCUCCUCCCCGCGGCGCGCGUCGGCUCCAUGGACACCUCUGUAGGCGCCGUCGUGGUGCAGUGCAUCUGGCUGGCGUUGUUACCCAUUGCACUCGGACCGCUCUUCGGUUUCCUCCAGUCCUUCUGGUUGCGCCGCACCAGCGACGGCCUCACCAAGGCGUGCAUCACUGUGUCUGUAACCUAUGUGUCGUACUACAUCGCUGCAUAUCUGCUGGGCACGAGUGGCGUUCUGACGCUUUUCUUCCAGGGCAUCUUUCUCAGCUACUACUGCCCUUCCCUUUUCCCUGGGCGUGAGGGCAACAUUAUCUCCUCGGCUUGGGAGUUCCUGGUCCACCUUGGCAACACGGUUCUCUUCUCCCUCGUCGGCAUCAUCCUGGUCGCGGAUGUGCUGCCCACCGUGAAGCCGUCGGAUAUAUUUGUUCUCGUUGGGCUGUACCUUGCAAUGGUGUUGUCGCGCCUCCUGAUGCUGGAGAUGCUCUCGCCGGUGCUGAACAUGUUCUCCUACAAGUUUGGUCAGAAGCAGAUUGUGCUCAUGGUACACGCCGGGCUGCGCGGGGGCGUUGCUGCAACGCUGGCCCUCGUCGUGAAGCAGGAGGACCUCAAGGAGGGGGUGGACAUCUUGAAGGUCACGUCUGGGAUUGUGCUGCUGACGUUGCUCGUCAAUGCCUCCACGUCGGCCAGCGUUGUGGAGGUGCUCGGGUUCAAGAGGAAGCCGAUGUACUUCAUCAUGAAGAUGGAGUACGCGAUGGAGCUCCUGCGCAGCUCACGGGAGCACGCGCUGGAGGCCUUGAAGGGCGACCCCAAGUACCGGAAUGCAAGCUGGAUGCAGGUGGAGAAGUUUGUGCGGCACCACACCCGCAACCCGUUUCACAGUGUGGGCGUGAGGGCAGAGGAGGACGAGGAGAAGACGGUCAACCGAAUAAUGAUGUCGGCCUUUAAGACGGUGCUCUGGUGUCAGAGGGACACGGACGUCAUCACGGAAACGGUCGUCGUGCAACUGGGCGUGGCCAUCGACACACUCAUCGACAGGGGUGAGCUGCUGGAUGUGCACCAGAUGUACUGGUACCACCGCCACCGUGACUCCAACAGUGGCGAGGAAGAGCGGACGGCUGCGGUUCAGGUCUCACCGCUGCGGGAGCGGCACCAGUCGUCCAUUGGGCCAGGCCCACGCAACCGCUUCUCGAUACAGCAGCAGCAGCAACAGCAGCAGCAGUCCGGCACAACGCAGGUGUGGCGCACGCGACCCGCCACGGACGUGACGGUGAAGGGUGCAGCUGUGUCCGUGUCAGAGAAUUCAGAGGAAAUGCAGAGCCGCGCCUCGGACACGGCAGCUGUGAUGGGGACGAACCAGCUCAGGAGUGAGUCCGACAUUGGGGCAAGUGGCAGCGGCGACGGCAGCAGCUUAACGAUUGACGUGACGAGCCUGCCACCACACCACCUCGGCGACGGCGGCACAGCCGAUGAGGACGAGGAAAGGGCGCAGACAAAUCGGAUGGUUAUCAAUCUCAUGCGUCGCCUACUGCCCACCUGGGUCGUGCUCUUGGAGCGCUUCAUCUUCAGCCCCGGCUACUUCGCAACAGCGCACCGCCGUGCGCAGGAAAACGCUUUCGUGGCACUACUCGCCGUCGUCAAGUGUCUGACUUCCAUCUCGCCGCUCAAGUUUAAGUUCAUUCGAUCGGAGGCGCAGGUGCAGCGAGUGGAGCGGUGGAUGACGACGCAGCUUACGGCGUCGAACCGCGCCAUCCGCUUCUUCUAUGCGAACUUCCCAGAGGCAACCAACAACGUGGCAAGCCGCCGCGCUGUCAUCUCGGUCGCCAACGCGCUGGAUGAAACUGUGCGCAAGCUGAGCACCGAACACGGCUUCGGAACACGAGCGACGGAGGUGCUGGGGGAAAUGUUGGCGCACAUGAGGUCACACACACCGUCUACAUGGGAGAGCAACGCUUCGCAGGAGAGCAACCUCGUGCUGCGCGCCGUCGCAGCGACGACCCUCGGCAAGGGGCUACGUAGUGUGGAGAUCAAGGCAAUCAGUUCCAUGGGGCUCGUCCGCAAGUUUCGCGAGGGUGACAUCAUCACGUUGCCUGACAACGCAUUCCUAGUCGUCGUCUUUGGGAGCCUGCGUGCUCUCUACGGGCAGUGGACGACGCUCGCCGAGCAUGAGCAGAUGGAGGGGUUCGGCGAUACGGUCGGCCUCGAGGCCCUCAUAUUGCCGCAGGAGUUCCGUGUGGACCAGCAGCGGCGCUGGCGCGUCAUCUCGACUGACUCUACAGCGCUGUUCAUUUCUUUCAACACCAUCAAGCCGUUCCUGACGGAGCGCUCCUUGCGCGCGGUCAAGGCGCUGUGGCGCGCGGCGGCGGCGGAGGUUUUGAUGCCCUUCUUGUCGCGUAUUGUGACGGUGCCGGACAACGAGGCGCGGAUCAAACGGGAGCACUUGAUGGAGCUCAUCAUGGCUGGCAGGCCCCUCAUCGGUCCUCGCGACUGCGACCUGGAGGUCUGUGAAACCAACUUCCACUUGUAUUUCUACCUCCGCGGGUCUGACAAGUCGGGACUGUUCAACUGCCACACCCCUCCGUGCUACCUCUCCAUCUUCUACGCACAUCAGCUACGCUGGGUUGACGCCGACGCGGUGCUCUACGCCGUCCCGAUGAGGGUUGGGGACCGCGGUUACGUGCCGUGGCCCACGACCGCCUCGACGGUUGGUGCGAUUUCCACAUCGCCUAGCGCGUCUGGUGAGGAUGAACGAGAAGACGAAGAAAGUAGCGUUGCGGAGGUAGAGGGGGCCGAGGGCAUGGAGGCCUCUGCCUGCGGAGGUUCACCAUCCCUGCGGCCUUCCAUGAACCGGCCGACGACUGCCGCACCUCUGUCCGCGUCUCUGCUGCCGCCCAGUAGUGAGCCGUGCGAAAGUCCGUGUGAUGAUGGAGUGGGGCAAAACUUCCGCAACGUCCCGCUGACGUGCCCUGCCGCCCCGCUUGGCGAGAACAGUGUCGCUACCCACGCUGGUGCGACGAACAUCAUCAACAGCGUGCUGCUCGGCUGCGCUCCUGAGGACCCCGAUGGGCUGGGCCUAAACGCGUCGAACAGCAUUUUUGGCGACCUGCUGGACCAUGUCAUCUCCCCAACGGCGACGUACCGCAGCUUCGACCUUUUCCCAGGCUCGUCAUCGACGCCGGAGCGCCCCCCCCACGUGCCCGGGUCGCUCGCCCUGCGCGACCCCACCAUUAGCAUUUUCUACUCUCCCGAGAGCUUUGUAACGCUCGUCCCUUUUGUAAAUCAAAUGUUCGUCCACUACGCUUCCACCAUGGAGCACCUUUGCAUCGCCACGCUGCGGUACCUUCGGUUUCCGACCGACCCUUUCCACGCGCGCCACGCUGAGGCCAUAGGUAGCCAGACUGUGGAGUUCUUGCUGAACUUCUGUGUGGAGAUAUCGAUGCUGAAGCGGACGUGCCGCAUCGUGAGCAAGCACCACCACGAAGACACCGGCGUGCUGAGCCCGUUCCACGUGAACAGCGACAUGGACUCGGCGUUUCAGGCGCGUGUGUGCGCGUGGGCGCGUAGCCACCGCCUGAACGGCAAGUUUCACUUGAAGGCAAUGGUGACGGAGAUGAACCAAUACGCGAACCGACGCUUCCCCGACUACGUGGCGGUGCUACGACGCAUGGUAAAUCUGGAACCAGGGCUGAAAGAGGUGGAGACAGCCGAAGGUAUGAACUCACUGUGUUGCUGUAUUGCAAGAAGCAGCAAAGAUGAUGCCAUGAGGGUGAAGAGCCUCGACGGUGCCGUGUAG